CUCUUUCCCUCUCUCUUCAUCCAAAGUUUCAGUUUUCAUUUUGAGUUUACCACUCCCAUCUCUAGGAGAGGUCAAUAAAAUCUGCACAAGCUUCCGCAUUAAAUAGAUUCUGAAACAUUCAUCAUACAGGCGUCCUAUAAGAUAUGGAUCUGGACAGAACUCUGAGAUCAAAACUUCACCAGCUGGAAUGCCACUUCACCUGGGCUCUGAUAAAAGAUGAUAUAGAUCUAAAUGAUAUUCUCAAUAGACUGGAAGAACAGAUUAAGUUGGACUUCGCGAAGAAAGAAAGACUUGCCAGAACUUAUAGUGCUCUGGCAUAUGUCCAAUUCCUUUUGGGGUUACACGAGGAAGCCCAUAACAGCCUCAUGAUAUCUGUGAAGUUACACACGGAAUGCCAUGGGGAUGAAUUUCACAAGACGCUCAUUGUCACUUAUGGAAACCUUGCCUGGUUAAACUACCACAUGAAGAACUACACAGAAUGUGAAAAUUAUUUGAAGAGGCUUCAGGAGAUAAACGAAACCUUGCAAACUGAGUUUUCAUCUGUCCCAGAAGUGCUGGGUGAGAAAGGAUGGACUUUUCUUAAAUUCUCCCGGAAAUAUUACGAUAGAGCCAAACAAUGUUUUAGGAGGGCUUUAGAUCUUGAACCCGAGGAAGGGGAAUGGAAUGCUGGCUAUGCCAUUUCCCUGUAUCGCACUGAUUACGAGAAAUGCACUUUGGAGGAUUCGCACACAAUAAAGCAACUGAGACUGGCCAUUGAAACGAAUCCAGAUGAUGACGUUCUCAAAGUCCUCCUAAGCUUGCGACUGAUGGUUUACAAGAAGUACAGAGAGGCUGAAAGCUUGGUAGAGAAGGCUUUAGAAAGCUCUCCAGAUCACCCACAUGUAAUGAGAUAUGUUGCGAAAUUCUUCAGGAACCAAGGAAGUGUGGACAGGUCAAUUGCUCUUUUAAAGCGAGCCCUUGAACGCUCACCUAAUUCAAGUUUCAUUCAUCAUCAGUUAGCUCUUUGCUAUAAGAUGAAGAAAAUCCAACUGCUGCAAGAGGGAAGUCACCACACCAAAGGGUCAAGAGUUCAACAGAUUCGCAAUCAAUGUAUCUAUCAUUUAGAAAAGGCCACCAGCUUGACGGCCUUCUUCAUUUCUGCAAUGAGCGAUCUAGCGCUGAUGUAUGGAGAAAACCACGACAUGUCACGGGCUGAGGAGCUGUUUCAGGUCACUUUCAAAGCAGCCGAAGAGAAGAAUGACAAUCUACACGUGGUCAAUUUGUGCUAUGCUGAGUUCCAGCUAUACAGUCACAGAUGUGAGCAGUUGGCUAUUAAACACUACAUGGAAUGUCUAAAGAUAAGCCCUGAUUCGGUCGAAGGGAAAAGAAGUGCCUAUGGUUUAAAGAAGAUUGCUGACAAACGGAUUAAGAGAAACUCACUGGAAGGGUAGGCUUAUGGCAUACUAGGGUUUCUUCAUAAAAUAAAAGGAGAGAAACAUCAGGCCAUUGAGUGCUAUGAGAAAUCUCUGAGUUAUGAAGACAAUGAUGAGUUCCUCAGCAACCUUAGCGCACUCAGGCUGUCCUUGCAGUGAAGUCAUCACAUAUUUUGUGCUUACACUAUCAGAUGUACAUACUGCUAUACGCAUCUGAGCGUGCUACAUGUAUCGACACUUUAUGGUUAUUUAUUAUAUAACUGUAUAAUGGAGAUUAAGUUAAAUUAUAUAAUAUACUUUGUCUUUAUUAAUGGCUAAAAUAGUUUACAGUAUUUCUAAAUGGUCUAAUACAGUAUUUACCCAAAAGUCACUUUACACUAAGAGCUUAAAAGUUGAAACAAAACUUAUAAUGUAUAUAGGUCUUGUUUCUUUGUCUGUUUUUCUCAAGCAGUUGUUUGUACAGAUCAAAAACUGUUACACGGGUACUGUGGAUUGAUAAAAAAAAUGUAAUUGUUUCUUGAUGUGAGAAUAAUCAAUAAUAAUAUAUCAAGUACUGGUGAAAUAAACAUUUACCUUUAAACCUA